AGCCGGUGUUUGGUCCUUUUUCUUGCAUAUUACAAAUAAAUGAUAUUACGUAAAGAAAUUACGAAACUAAUAUUUUCAUUCAACACAUUAUUUUCUUUUAAUAGCUUAUGAAUGUACAACUUGAAGUCAUCCUAAAACGCAAUUCAUUCAUAAAAGGCGCGUGGGAAUGGCGUCAUUCAAAACACGCGAUUUGUGUUACAUGGUGGGUGUAAGACAGGUCUUUCUAGUACGGGUGUAAACAGUAGAUAACCGUGUCUGAUUUGCAAGAAAAAGAACUGUUCUUGUUGACGUCCUUAUUUUUGUUUCCAUGUAGUAACCGUAUUAGUGUAAGAUAAGUGUAACUGUUUUGUAUCGUCACAAGUAGACACCACAGCUUGCAUUUAACAUUUUUUUGUAAUAAACAAAUAGAUCUACACAUGUAAUUAGUGUAUUUUAUCACAUGCCGUGUCUACUAUUACGUGUUAUCAAAAUGUGUACAGAAAGACCUACAACUACAAUAUUUAUAAAGUACGCAGUCAAGGAUUAAAAUAGAAUACACAUCAGGGUGAUAUAAGAAAUAUUCCCUGGGGAAUAUAUCCUAGGGUGAUAUUCAACCAGAACAUAUAAUAGGCCUAUACUGAAUAUGUAGUUAUACAAGAGUUAUGUGCCCCAAGGUGAUAUAAGAAAUAUUCCCAGGGGAAUAUAUAUUAGGAGAGUGAUAUUCAAUCAGAACACAUAAUAGGCCUAUGGGAGUUUUACUUUAAUGAUCUAAUAACGUAUAAUAAAUGGUUUUAUUUCAUCACACAAUUUACCGUACAAUGAGCGAAGAGGUUUCCAUUAUAUAACGUAUCUGUUAAGAAACAUUAACAUAGCUUUAUACAAACAUGUUUGGUUAAAGACAGAAGUAAUUGCUCAUUUUUCAAAGCUUUGAGAUGGAAGUGCAUAGAUACAUUACAGUUGCCCCACUUAUGUUGCCUCAUAAAUGCAAAGAAGACGUAGACUUUGAAGGAUAUGAUAUUGCAAUGAACAGUACGGUAAUUGGGAAUAGUUGGUAUAUCCACCACAACAAGGAGAUUUGGGGAGAUCCAUGGACAUUUCGCCCAGAGAGAUUCUUGGACGAACAUGGAAAUGUGCUGCCUUCUGAGCACAUAUUGCGAAAGAACUUGAUACCUUUUGGAAACAGGUUGCGUCAAUGUCCUGGAGAAUCCUUCGCAAAAACACGUUAUUUUUUGUAUGUCAGUAACCUUUUGCAGCGCUGGUGUUUCGAGUUUCCUGAAGGAAAGCACAUCUUGUGUGAUCCGAGACUUUCCGAGAACUUUGAUAUCAGUGUUGUUAUAAGACCGAAACCAUUUUACUGUUACGCUAAAAAGCGGAUAUAGAUUUAUAUGUUUCAAUAUUAUUCCUGUCGUUAACUUUUUAAACAUAUUCAAAUACCAUAUUACUUCAAUAAAUGUUACUUAGGAGACAAUUAUUACUAUCAUUUAUUCAGCAGUUACACUAAAAAACAAUCUGACUUAAGUUCAGAAGUUUAAUAAUUGUUGAUUUUUUUUAGAAAAAAAAGUGUGUGCAAUAAUUUGUAACAAAUUAACUUUAAAUAAUAGUAAGAAAUAAGUUCUAAUGAGCAAGAAUUUUUUUCCAGGUUACCUAUCGGCUAAAUGAAUUACGCCUCGAAUUUAUCUACUAUGUAUCACUUUCAAAAUUAUGAAAGCUCGCCAAUGGUUGGUUGUUUGAAUUACCACGACAAGGUGACUACAUUAAGGUGGAUGUACGAUCCUAAUGCGUAGCGUUAUUUAAGAGCUGAUUUUAAUCGAAUUGGCUACAGAAACAGUUUUUGCAUUCUCAAAUCAUGUCAUUAAAUGUGGUAUCUGGUUCUUUUGAUGUCGCUUCUGGGAGAUACAAUGAUACAGGUAA